AUGCCAAAGCGACGGAAGAAGGAGCCGGAGGCGGUCACUCGCUUGGACGAGCGGGGAGUCCACGUCUUCAAAGGUCCCGGACAGCAGGUGGAAAGCUUCCGAGACCUGCGCAGCGCCUUCCAUGCCGGGAAGCCGCUGCCUGCUGAGGCGGCCGCAGAAGCAGGGGCGGGGAGCAGCAGCAGCUUAACUGCAGACGCUCCUGCGGUUGAACAGGUGCUGGCAGAAGACCGGCCUACUCUUGCAGAAGCCACGGAAGAGGCCCCGGCUCGGACACCCUCUGCAAACCGCAAGCGGCCGCACACGGACACCGCUCUUGACUUCCUGGCGCCGUGCACCGAGACUCUCCGAACCCUGGUCGGAGCCGGGUCCUUUUCGGCAGCGGAUCGGCAGGAAGCCGAGGAGCUGCUCGCUGCCGCGAGUGCAAUCAUGUCGGCGGAGCUCGUCGACGGCAAGGAGAAGCAGGAUUGGCCGGAAAUCUUGCGAUUGCACACUGCCGCGACCGACUUGAUGGCUCGGCUGCAGGACAAGCAUCAGACGGCCGAGGCCACACAACGGACGCCGCAGAGCCUGAUAGGCAGCCCCUGGCCGGCGACCAGUCCGCCCAGUCGUCUUCUUUCGGCGGAUCUUUUUGCCUCGCCGCAGACCCUGCCUCCGACGCCUCUGCCGAAGCAGGAGAAGAAAAGAAGGACUCUGAGCCCCGACAAAGAGUAG